AUGGUCUUGGCGGCUACUGGACAGAGGGAAGACACAAGACACACAGGACAGGAUCGGACAGGUUUGACGAGCAGACACACAUCCUCGCAGGCCCAGAAUGAGCUCUCCAGCCGCAGCCACUCCAUCCUGACAGUCUCCAUCAGAGCUAAAGCAGCUAAUAGUGAUGAAGGCACAGCCACCCAGGGGAAACUGUGCCUAGUGGAUGUAGCCAGAAGUGAACAGUUGAGGGGGCCCAGUUCCUCAGAAGAUCUCCUGGAAGAGGCUGCCAACAUCAACCAAAGUCUCUUGUCUUUGGGCAAGUGCAUAUCCGCACUAGUGGACCCUAAGAAGAAGAGCGGGCACAUUCUGUACUGCGACAGCAAGCUCACCAAGCUGCUCUCUGAUUCCCUGGGUGGAGCAGGCAUCACACUCAUGGUUGGCAAGCUUACCAAGAGGACACGCUUCACAGAACCCUUGCUGCUUGCUUGAUGAGCCAGUUUC